ACAGGUUAGACUGUGACACACAGCGGAAGUGCGCCAUUGCUGUGUGUUCGUGGCUGAGCGCAGUGAGCUGAGUGUGUUCUCUAGACUUUACUCUUAUAUUCUCUCACCCAACUGCGUUGGAAAGAGCUGCACUCAUCUGUACACCCGCUCGAGAUAUUCCCGGCCUGGAUAUGUCCUUCAUAUUUGACUGGAUUUACAGUGGUUUCAGUAGUGUUCUGCAGUUCCUGGGGCUGUACAAGAAGUCUGGCAAAUUAGUCUUCCUCGGUCUGGACAAUGCUGGUAAAACCACACUGCUGCAUAUGCUCAAAGACGACAGACUGGGUCAGCACGUGCCCACCUUACACCCUACCUCGGAGGAGCUGACGAUCGCUGGCAUGACCUUCACCACGUUCGAUCUGGGCGGCCACGCUCAGGCUCGACGCGUCUGGAAGAACUACCUCCCAGCCAUCAACGGCAUCGUGUUCCUGGUGGACUGUGCUGACCACAGCAGGCUGAUCGAGUCCAAAACAGAGCUAGACGCACUAAUGACAGAUGAAACCAUCGGGAACGUGCCCAUCCUGAUCCUGGGAAACAAGAUCGACAAACCUGAAGCCGUGAGUGAGGAGAAGCUGCGAGAGAUGUUCGGUCUGUACGGUCAGACCACAGGGAAGGGCAGCGUUCCUCUGAAGGAGCUGAACACUCGUCCUCUGGAGGUGUUCAUGUGCAGCGUGCUGAAGAGACAGGGCUACGGCGAGGGCUUCCGCUGGCUCUCUCAGUACAUCGAUUAGAGGAGCACCUCUGCUCUCACAGACUGUUCAACACCACACACCUGCACCUCCUCUCCACACCACGCAGACGCUCUAGUCACUCUCUAAUUUGAUGUUUGUCUCUGUCAAUGAUUCUCUGUGUGUACUGAAACACCACUUCAGAUCACACUCUUCUGACAGGAAGUGCUUCGACGUCUCUCCAGUGUUCACUUCCUGUCACAAGGCCACGGUCCUCGGGCUUCGAGAUGAGGUCUGCUGAAGUGGCCGUGUUGAAUUGCAUAUCUGUUUUCUGUUCUGAUAAAGAAAUUAAACCAUUGUUCUUCCUGGUUCAGAACUCAUUCCCUGAGCUCCUGUAACCGAUGAGAGCAGGAGCGGUUCUUCUGUCCAUAUGAUUCGGGAUUGAAGACAGAUUAUUAUCAUAUUGAACUAGUAACAUGAUGGUGACACGGUUAAAGCCUGCCCUGAACACGGGAGAGUGAAGAAAGGACAGCGGUGAAUCGAAGACGUGGACUAAAUGUAAUUUCUAUAAAUGCCAUGUAUGGGUUUUCUUUACGCUGUCCUUAAAUAGCUCUUGAUUUGAGAUGAAAAACAUGCAUGCCUUGUUACAUGAUUAUUAUUGAUUUUUAUUAGUGUUUUUU